AUUACUUCUUCAAGAAAUGUAAAAUGGUGGUAUUCAGCUGUCCACAAUGUCACUGCCAUGGUUGGAGUCGGUGUCCUCGGUCUUCCUUAUGCAAUGGCAAAUCUUGGAUGGGGUCCUGGUGUUGUAAUAUUAGUUUUGUCAUGGAUCAUAACUCUAUACACUCUUUUGCAAAUGGUCGAGAUGCACGAGAUGGUUCCUGGAAGAAGAUUUAACAGAUACCACGAACUGGGGCAGUAUGCCCUUGGCGAGAGGGUUGGUCUGUACGUAGUGGUUCCACAAGAAGUUACUGCUGAAAUUGGUGCUUGCAUUGUUUACAUGCUUACCGGCGGCAAAUCCCUAAAGAAGUUCCAUGACACCGUGUGCAGCACUUGCAAAGACAUAAAGCUGACCUAUUUCAUCAUGAUAUUUGCGUCUGUUCACUUUGUUCUCUCCCAACUGCCCAACUUCAACUCCAUUUUUUGCGUGUCACUGGGCGCGGCUCUCAUGUCUUUGAGUUACUCUGCUAUUGCUUGGGCCGCUUCACUCCACAAGGGUAUUCAACCAAAUGUUGAGUAUGGGUACAAAGCUAAGUCAACAAGCGGAACUGUGUUUAACUUCUUUAGUGCCUUGGGGACUAUGGCUUUUGCUUUUGCAGGCCACAAUGUGGUGCUUGAAAUUCAAGCGAAAAUUCCUUCUUCACCUGAGAAGCCAUCAAAGAGUACUAUGUGGAAAGGAGUUGUCGUCGCCUACAUAGUUGUUGCCUUGUGCUACUUUCCUGUUGCUGUAAUUGGGUAUUGGGAAUUUGGCAAUACUGUUGAACAAAACAUCCUCCUUUCCUUAGAAAAACCUGUCUGGCUUAUUGGAAUGGCUAACAUGUUCGUUGUUGUCCAUGUUAUUCGGAGCUACCAGAUCUAUGCAAUGCGAGUGUUUGACAGGUUAGAAACGUUAUUUGAGAGGAAAUUGAAUUUUAAACCCAGCACCCCUCUUCGUUUUAUUGUCCGCAGUAUAUAUGUUGUGUUCACAAUGUUCAUGGCCAUUACUUUCCCCGUCUUCGGCGGUCAAAUUGGAUUUUUUGGAGGAAUUAUUGCGCCAACAACAUACACUCUGCCCUGCAUGAUGUGGCUCGCCAUCAAGAAACCAACGAAAUACAGCUUGUCUUGGUGGACUAACUUGGCAUGCAUUGCAUUCGGUACCUGUGUGAAGAUCCUAUCAGACAUUGGAGGUUUGAGGUCAAUCAUAGUUAAGGCAAGGGAUUAUCAGUUCUACUCUUGA